GACAAGUGAACAAUAUAAGAAUGAUAUCGCAUACGCGAUGACCCCUUUUAAAUUGAUUACAUGGCCUAUCGGUGUAUGGCCACUUCAAGUUUAUGACCUUUAUUCGCUGUUACGUUGUGCCUUAGGCACUUGUUGUGCGAGCCUAGUUGUGAUUUUGCCGUCUAUGGAGAUAUGUAUGGGCUGUACUGACGUAACGCAAAGCAUAGAGUGUCUGAUGAUAAUCUGUUGCGGAUUGCUUGGUGUGCUGAAGACGACAUGGUUCCGCAUAUAUGCAAAUAGUUUAAUUAUCAAUUACAGUUCUGCCUUAAAUGAUUAUCUAACAAUUGACAACAUAAAAGAGCGCAAAAUUAUGCGAAAACAUGCUUUUAUAGGAAGGAUUCUUUGCUCUUCUUUAAUGAGCAUUGCUUACUUUAGUAAUCUAAUAUCUGGAAUAGUUCCUAUUUUAGAUUAUGAUAGUAAUCAGAUUAACAUAAUAAAUGAAAGUAUGACACUAGAGUACGCUAUGCCAUCAAGAUGCGCUCUGGAAUAUUUUAAUUUUCCAACGAAUAUGUUUAAAAUCUUCUGUCUGCUUGAAACUGUUGCAAUGAUAUUUGCGUCUACAACUAAUCUUGGUAACGACGCAUUGUUUCUCAACAUUACAUUACAUGUUUGUGGUCAAGUGAACAUUCUGAGGCUCAAUUUCAUCAACUUCGAUGUUACAAGUCCGCGAAUAUGCGAUCGUUUCAACGCCUUAAUUCAAAGACAUCAAGAACUGAUAACGCUGGCCAGAGAACUUUCCGAUCUGAUGAGUUUUGUAUUGCUAAUAGAACUAUUCAUCAUCAGCAUAUUAUUAUGUAUAAUGGGAUUUCAGAUCAUUAUAAUGUUGAAAGACAAUGACAUCAUUAUGAUAGGGAAGAGUUUAAUGACACUGAGUGCCUUUCUGAUACAACUAACAUUAUAUAGUUUUAUCGGGAAUUACCUGAAAUCUGAAAUGGAGGAGAUAGGACUCUCUAUUUAUCAAAGUGCAUGGUACAGCUUUCCUACAAAAUUGCAGAGAAACGUAAACUUUAUUGUUAUGCAAACAAAAUCUCCAGUCGCGUUGCAGGCUGGAAAUUUCAUCGUAGUUAAUCUGUCAACUUAUGUAAGCAUUUUAAAAACCUCAUUUUCGUAUUUGUCUGUUCUCCGUAUAAUGCUCGAAGAGUGAAAUAUAAGAUAUAAUUAAAAGAAGUUAUUGGUAACUGCAAAUCUUAUACUUUCGAAAUAUGAUAUAAUGAUUUUAAAAUAGAAAUGCGACAAAAAAUUUACUGAAAUGCCACGACAAUAUAUUUAUCACUCACAUUAAUCCAUUUGUUCCAAAUCAAUUUUUUCUAUAC